AUGGCACGGGGACACGGAAGGAAGGGACGCGGGAAGGGCCACUCGAGCAGGUGCAAGGCGAAGGCGCCGUCGUGGAGGAAUGUGUGGACGGUCAUCGCCAACCCCGCGGACGGUUCGUGCGGGCUCUACGGCAUGCUGCAGCUACUGUUGGUGAAGAAGCGCGGCAUGUCCGCGUCGGAAGCCGAGGGGGUGAUCCGUCGCGCCGCUGGUACGCAAGAAAUGCGUGAGCUGCUGAUGGCGUGCCGCCGGCGCGUCGUGGACUACCUUCGUUUUCGUGGCUGCCCGGAAUUGGCGGUUUUCUUAACGAACGGGAAAGAUUCCGGCUCGACCGGCUCGGCCGGCUCGGGCAAAUCCCCCACGGCGGAGCUCGCAUCUCGGGCCGAGUGGGAAGUGGCCAUCCUCGAGGAGGGGAGCUACAUCGCCGGCAUCGCAAUCUUGGUGCUGGGUCGCAUCUUCGGGAUCCCAGACGUGAGGAUCGUGUACGAGGUUCGCGAAGUCGGCUUGGUGGAUAAAUUCAACCCCAAUGAUGCGGUGGAGCCUACCGACAAUGUGGCCGCAGUUCUGUGGUCGAGGGGGAAUCACUUCGAGGCCAUGGUCCCCAUUGCUCACGAUGCCGGCACCGAGGCUUCCACGGGAAACGACCCGGUCUCAGUCAUGGAGUUCUGCCUGCAGGCGCUAAACCGCCCCGCCGACGACUCCGUGGACGACGGCACUGGAAUGAACGACGGCGCGUUCGUGGCCGCCGUGAUCGAGUUCGCCCGUCGCAUCCCUCGCCGCACCGGAUCCGGGAAGAAGGUCCACAAAACUCGCGGCAUUCGCAAGUGCCCCCGCGGACGCACGUCGCUCACGCGCAGCCGUGCCUCUCGCUUCCGCGACAUCUACCGUAGGCUGCGGAGCAUCAGGGGAGGCGGGGACAGUGACGAUUCGGGGGCACCUUUGGGUGGGGGAGCGACGGCGGACGCAGGUUUGCCUCCGCCAGCUCCGGAGGUCCAAGACGCUACGGACGUGUCGGAGACUCACGGGGCCUCGGUGGAUGCGGGGCUAGGGGACGGAAAGGCAUACACUAAGGCGCGGCUCGUGCGACACUCCACGUGCGUGUUUUCGUUACCUAACCUGUCACCCAUCCCUCUCGUCUGGACCGUUCAGGCACCCGCGUUCGGCGGUGCUUUCCCGUCCGCUUCCGCGUCGAGCACCACGCCUUCAGCCAAUUCCACCGAGAGCUCCCCGUCUUCAGCCGAUUCCACUGAGAGCUCCACGUCUUCCACCGAUUCCGUUCCGAGCGCGCCGUCUUCAGCCGAUUCUGUGGGGAGCUCCACGUCUUCCACUGAUUCCGCGUCUAGCGUCCCGUCUUCGCCCGAUUCCCCGGGCGGUGGGCCGGACGGGAACACUCCGGAGGGCCCGGACGCCAUGGACGUGUCGGGGGCUGCUGCUCAGGAGACUCCAGUAAGGGUGGGGACUCCCGGGGCUCCGGUCGUCGCGGAAGCUACGGUUGAAUCUGACACUACAGAUGCCCCGGACGCCAUGGACGUGUCGGAGGCUCCGGUGACCGUGGGGACGACGAGUGCACCUGCUUCGAGUGUUAAGCCGCGGUCUAGGCGAAACGCAAAAGGCCCCAGACAGGGGUCUAGUCUCCGCGGCUGA